GAUGGAAGUGGGGUGGUCAAAUGAUGGCUGAAGAAUCAGUUAAUGGAGGUAAAAAUGGCAAGAAAGAAGGCUUGUCUGGAAGCUCCUUUUUUACAUGGUUUAUGGUGAUUGCGCUCCUCGGUGUGUGGACAUCUGUCGCGGUGGUGUGGUUCGACCUUGUUGACUAUGAAGAAGUUCUUGGGAAACUCGGAAUUUACGACACAGACGGUGACGGAGAUUUCGAUGUUGAUGAUGCCAAAAUCUUGUUAGGAUUCUCACCAGGAAAGAUAGAUAAGAAAGAAACCAAGGCACGAGGAGAAGCGCCAGGAGAAAUAGUCAAGACAAAAACCAAGGCAAAAGAUCAAGUUACAGAGGGGAUAAAAGAGCAACUUAGAAAGUUGAAAGAAAAACUAUUUCAGAAAAAAGAGCCAAAAAUUGUGGAGAAAAAGAAACCAGUAAAAGAGACAAGUGAAAAGGCCAGGAAACCACAAGAGGGGGACAAGCCCAAAAAAGAUAAAAAAGACCAGGAACGGGAGGAACCACGACGGAAGAAAGACGAAAAAUCAAAGGAACCCGUGAAAAGGACCACGAGUAGGAAGGUAACUGAGAGGGAGAAGGGGAAAAGGCCAGAGAAGAAAGACAACAAAGAUUCAAAGAAAGAUGACAAAAAGAAAUGAACCUCCUGUACUAACGCCGGCAGGAUGGACUGUAAUGUUACCAGCAGCUUCUCACACACUCAUGUCUGGGGGGAUACACUUAGGGCAUUUGCUCGAGAAGCUGCUUCAUCAUAACAGCAAUUGCACUGACUGCUUGAGUAGGCCAAGAAAUGCAAAAUUAUGCUUCAAAGGUCGGUCUCCUUUAGACAUGUACAUAAGCUACUGUACAGUGCUUAUGCAUCUAUUUGCAAAUGGAUUAACUUGCAGGGUUCUAGAGCAAAGCUUUGUUUAGUAGCCAACAGGAUGUGCCGCCUACCCUUUCUAAGGUUCUGCUUUCAUUGCGAGAGAGGUAGAUUGCACCAACUGUGAUGCUUUCCUAGUUAAGUAUUUAUGCAACUAGCACACGUGCUUUGGUUUCAAAAUAAACAGUCAUUGAAA